GGGCCAGGAUGAUGAUCCUGAUGGGAAAGGAAACAAAGUAAAGAAGAAGAGAUAAGCAGCAGCAACAGCAGCCGCAGCCAGAAAUUCUGAAAAUGAUUAAAGUUGUGCCCUUCCCUCUCUCUCUCUCUUCUUAUCUAGUUACCUCCUGAUUCCUCACAGAGACCCUCCACAAGCCUCCAUUAGAAUUAUUCCCUCCUCCCUACGUUACCCUGCCGGAUGAUUGCCCUACCCUCAUCUCAUCAUCUCCUCCACCUAUAAAGCUACCCAGCUGAUGCUUCCGAUACGAUCGAGCCGAAGAUUAUCUGUCUAGUAGCUGAUGCUAAGCUCAUCGUCGAGCUUGCAUGAUAGCUAGUGCAUCAUCAGCUGCAAGAAGAACAGCCAAGAACAAGAAGCUGCUGAGCUCAACAAGCUGUGUGCAUGCGAGUCGAUAGGGAGAUGGAGAGAGGGGACGAGGCGUCGGUGAACAGGGGGUGGCUUGAGCUCAGGCUAGGCGUGAACGGCGGCGGCGGCGUUGAGACGGUGCCGGUCACGGCGGCGGACUCCUCCGCGUCCUCGGAGGCCGGCGAGGCGGACACGGUGACGCCGUCGCAGCAGCAGCAGCAGCAGCAGCAGGGUUCUCCUUCUUCUCCGGCGGCGUCGUCGGCGCCGAACAAGGUGUUCUCGUGCAACUUCUGCAUGCGCAAGUUCUUCAGCUCGCAGGCGCUGGGCGGGCACCAGAACGCGCACAAGCGGGAGCGCAGCGCCGCCAAGCGGACGCCGUCGUCGUCGCCGUACCACCUCCACCACCACAGGAUGAUGAUGGCCGGCGCCGGCCUGCCGCUCGAGGCGCACGCCGCGUUCAUGCGCGCCGCCCUCCGCGUCAACCCGGCGGGCUCGGCGAUCCACAAGCAGCAGCAGCAGCACCAGCCGCCGCCGCCGAUCACCCAGGACGCCACGGCGCCGAGGUUCCACGACGGCGCAGCCGUGGCGGCGGCGGCGGCGGUCACGCCGUGGGCGCCCGUCGCCCCACUCGCCUACGACGAGGUGCUCAGCUCGUCGGCGUCGUCGUGGCCCGGGAGCUUCAGGUUCAGAACGCAGCCUGAGCCUCCUCCCAGCUCGGAGCAGGAGCCGCCAUCAGAGCAGAGUAAGAAGAUAGACUUGAGCCUCAGGCUGUGAUGUGAGAGAUUAUACUAGUAGAUUAUGAUAGGUGAUCAAUUGAUCAUCAUCAUGAUAUAAAUCCAUGCAUGUCCUAGGUGUAGAGCUAGCUCUUGUACUAAUUAAUUUGACCAGUAUAUAAUCAUCAUGUGUUUGAUUCUUCAGUUUGAUAUAUAAUGAUUCCAGGAAGAGAUUAGUCUGCCUCUUCAGAUACCA